UUGGUCGAGCCCUGAGGAAUCUGCACUUUGAGGCAGGACGAGCGAAGCCAUUUUAUUAUCACACCAGCAAAAGUGCAGGUGCAUCAAAAUAUAUAUAUUUUUGUAUUCACAUUUUUCAUUUUGGGAGUUACCAUGGGACAGUGCGGAAUUACGUCAUCCAAAACCGUGCUGGUUUUCCUCAAUCUCAUAUUUUGGGCCGCAGCUGGGAUUUUAUGCUACAUCGGAGCCUACGUGUUCAUCACAUACGACGACUACGACCACUUCUUUGAAGAUGUGUACACUCUGAUUCCCGCCAUCAUAAUAAUAGCUGUCGGGACUCUUCUCUUCAUCAUCGGCUUGAUUGGCUGCUGUGCAACAAUACGUGAAAGCUCCUGCGGCCUGGCAACAUUUGCUGCCAUUCUCCUGCUGGUAUUUGUUACAGAGUGCGUGGUGGUGGUGCUCGGCUACACAUACAGGGCAAAGGUAGAAAAUGAGGUGAAUCACUCCAUACAGAAGGUUUACAACCAGUACAACGGCACUAACAGCGAUGCCCCGAGCCGCGCCAUUGACUAUGUGCAGAGGCAGCUUCAUUGCUGCGGCAUUCACAACUACUCUGACUGGAGGAACACGCGCUGGUUUAAAGAAUCCAAGAACAACAGUGUCCCAGUCAGUUGCUGUCAGCCCAGCAUCAGUAACUGUAGCGGCACUCUGACCCGACCUGCAGAUCUCUACCAAGAGGGUUGUGAGGCUCUUGUUGUGAAAAAGUUGAAGGAGAUCAUGAUGUAUGUUAUAUGGGCUGCACUCACCUUCGCGUCUAUACAGAUGCUGGGCAUGCUCUGUGCCUGCGUGGUGCUGUGCAGGAGGAGCCACGACCCUGCAUACGAGCUGCUGGUCACAACCAACAGCUACGCGUGAUGGACGGGGGGUGAGAGGCGUCACACCAACAAAAGCACUCAACAAAUCAAAAGGAGCAUCACCAGACCUGUCCACAGUAGAGUUCAGCUGUAGUAACAUAAGCUCAAGCACAUCUUGCACAAUUCAUGAUAAAGUAGCGAACACCGAUGAUGAGGUUUGCUUCAAGGGGAAACUAGCUAACUAUUUAUUGACCUGCUUUGUAAGUUACUGUUACUUUAAUGUUUGUUUUUUUGUUCACUUUUCAAAUAAAUGAAUAGUUACAGUAGCCAAAGUUGUAUAUGGCUAAUUGACAUUAUUGAUGUUGCAAUUUUUUCUUUAAAUGUGGCUUGAUGAAACCCCCCAGUGAGGAUCAUGAUAAUUCAUUUGGAGCGUAAGAAGAAUGUAUUUCCUUGUGUCCAGAGCGCUGGAAGUAUUUCCUGGCUGUGAAGUGAAAUCUAUGUACAAAUAAUGGUUAAUUGGUUAAAUUUAAUUAAUUUAUCUCGGUGAAGGGUUUUGCAUUGGCUUUGUUGGCUUUGUUUCUCAAAGCCGUGUUUGAAAGAAAAACUCCCUUCAUAAUCACAAAUAUUCAGGUUGUGAAUAAUGUUCUGUUGUGGUGAUGAUCUUCUCUGAGUCAGGCUUCAUUAGCCUGACAUUUCCAAUGUAUUAUUGUACCAUUUAGUGUCCAGUGCUAUUAUUAGUAGUGCUAUCAGUGUUACCCGAAGACCUGUAUGUGUAGAUUUUUUUACUAUCCCUUUGUUUAUAUUGUUAGUUAUUUCCCUGCUAUCGGAAUUAUGACACAUUAUUUGGUACGUAUUUGUGAAAGUGUGCACCAUUUUCAUAUUUCUGAGCUUUUAAGUUGACCCCUAGACAUUUAGCUGGUGCCGCAGUAAAACAUGACGAACAAAAUGAGCUAUACCCUGUAGAACAUUCAAGAUAGAAAUAAAGUCAUACAUUUCAA